AUGGCGUCCAGUGCGAGCCAAGAUGGACCCAAGCCGACCGGUCUGGUCAUGCAGAUCAUCCUCCGGCGCGAUCUACUGACCGAGCAUGGCUGGCCGGUAGGACCGCUCCUCGCCCAGUCAGCUCAUGCUGCAACAGCCGUCUUGCACCUCCAUCGGGAUCACCCCGAUGUGAAGCGGUAUCUUGAGGGGGAUGAUGGGAGAGGAUGGGAGGUGAUGCGCAAAGUCACGUACGAGGUGCCAGACGAGGCGGCUCUGAGAGGAUUGGGGGCCAAGUUGGACGGGUUGACGCCAAAACUGUCUCAUCAUCUUUGGAUAGAACAGCCGGAGUGCAUCCCUACCGCUCUGGCUAUCAUUCCAAACAAGCGACCUAAACAGCUGAAGAAGGCUAUGGAGGAGGCGGGGUGUGAGCUAUUCAAGUGA